AUGUACGGAUUUUCAGCGCAGCAGGCAUAUAUAUACCUCACAACAUACACCAAGGAUCCGUGGGUUAUAAGAGCCAUGGUCAGCGUACUGGUGUCUAAGAGUGCGAAGCUCAUAAUCCAAACAUUUUGGACACCCUUUGUCAUUAGCAACAACUCCUGGCAGUCUCUCGAGAAUGGAGAGCAUAAACGAUGGCGACACCAAAAUGAGGCUACCAACGCUGGCUACCGUGGUUCGGUUGCGCUUUACACAGCCCCAUCUCUGGAGAAGUUCUCCGCGACGCACUGGAUGAAGUAUCAAAUGAGGUCGCUCAAGACAGGUUUCAAGCAGACGGACAUUCCAAUUCUCAACUCGCAAUCCGCCAGCACCAAAUCGAAGAAACUGUACAGGGGGGCGGAAUUGCUCAAAACAUCCAGCUGGAGGUGGUACAAGACACGGAGACGCUCGUUUACGGUCAUCACGGCGUAA